CAACCUACCCCUGAGCAGGGGUCUCGGGCAACAGGCAGGCAAUCUACCCCUGGGCAGGGGCCUCGGGCAGCAGGCAGAAAUCUACCCCUGGGCAGGGGUCUCGAGCAACAGGCGGCAACCUACCACUGGGCAGGGACCUCGGGCAACAGGCAGCAAUCUACCCCUGGGCAGGGGUCUCGGGCAACAGGUAGCAACCUACCACUGGGCAGGUACCUCGGGCAACAGGCGGCAAUCUACCCCUGGGCAGGGACCUCGGGCAAUAGGCGGCAAUCUACCCCUGGGCAGGGGUCUCCGGCAACAGGCGGCAACCUACCACUGGGCAGGGACCUCGGGCAACAGGCGGCAACCUACCACUGGGCAGGGGCCUCGGGCAACAGGCUGCAACCUACCACUGGGCAGGGACCUCGGGCAACAGGCGGAAAUCUACCCCUGGGCAGGGAUCUCGAGCAACAGAUGGCAACCUACCACUGGGCAGGGACCUCGGGCAACAGGCGGCAAUCUACCCCUGGGCAGGGACCUCGAGCAACAGACGGCAACCUACCACUGGGCAGGGGCCUCGGGCAACAGGUGGCA